AUGCUUGAGGUUUAUUACGAAAAACUUGCUGUGUUUAAGGAAAUGAAACACGAGGACAACGUUAAAAAUCUAUACCCUGGUAUACUUAGUAAAUUAGAUGAAGUAAUAGAAGCGAAUAAUGGAUAUAUUGCUUUAGGAAAGUUAACUUGGGCUGAUUUCUUCUUCGCUGGAAUAUUUGAUUAUUUGAAGGUGAUGCUGCGAAUGCCUGAUCUAGAGAAGAAAUAUCCUAGCUAUCGACUAGUUAUAGAUCACUUAUAUUCUAUUCCUGAUGUACAAAAAUAUAGCAAAAAUAUACAGUUAGAAUUUAAUUAU